CAACACUGCCUGACGUAAACAAGAGGAAAACCCGCGCAAAAGGGAUGGUAGCGGCUCCCAGCAUGGACUCCAUGUAUUUAGACAACCUGGAGGAAUUUGUGGUCGACGAGGGGAGGAUAGUUACCUACAAAUGGCUGAGUUUGACUCUUGGAGUUCAAAGCAAUGUUGCAAAGCAAAUGCUCUACCACUUUGUCACAAAGCAACGGAAUUCAGACAAGGGUGACAAUCUUAAUGUCACUUAUUUUGUGUCUGGAAUAGAGGCAGGGAAAGAUGGUCCCCUUGAUAUGCAUAAGAUUAUGUUGGUUAGGGAGGAGAAUUUGGCAAGUGCAAAGUCCAAAUUGAAAGAUGUGAUAUCAGUACAUGUCUACAGUGUGCAAAAGACCAAGCUGCCUGACAUGAGUGUUCUUUAUACUGCAAAUUAUGAUAAAGUCAAAGAAAAUGUUUUGAGUAUUAACAAGUAUAGUGGCAUUGAGUGUACAGCUGCAAAGGUCAGAUCAACAGCAGAUUUGGAAAAGUUACAAAAACAGAAUGCUUAUCAGGCACCUCCAGAACCAACUAAAAUACCGAGUAAGUACAAACCUAACCAGACUAAGACCUCCCCAAAGAAGGACGUACAAGGUGAGAACAAACAAACCAGCGUAAACAAGUCACCCGUCAAGGGGAACCAGAUUGCGUCCAUGUUUGCCCGCCAGACAAAGGUCAAAGAAGAAAAACAGGAAGGAACAAAGGAGGCUGAGAACAAAUCUGUAAAAGACACAGCAAAAACUACCCCGUCUUCUGGUGGUAAGAAGAAGGGUGGAAUAUCUUCAUUCUUCAGCAAGGCCGCUCCAGCCACAAAGAAAACCGAGUCUUCCAAAACAUCUGAUACUUCUCCCACAGACUCUGAAUCCCCUUCGAUAAAGUCUGAGGUGGUGUCACCAGUCAAGACAGAGUCCACCGUCUCUUCUCCGAUCAAGACUGAAUCUCAAGACUCUAUCAAAGAUGAAGAGUCAGAAAAGAUGGAUGUUGACUCGCCUCCUAAAAAGACAACAAAGAAGUUGCAGUCAAAGUUGAAA